GAACAAAAACCACAAGCUACUUCACUGAACCUCUCAACAGAAAAGAACAAAAACGACACCGUUUUCAAUCACCAAAACAAUGCUUCGCCUCGCAAAGCUUAACCCACUGUUAAGCUCACCACUCUCAUCAUCUUCCUCCGGUCACCAACUCAUCCAACGCUGUUCCGUUAGCCGAACAGCAAAAGGAAAAGGCAAAGCGGGUCAAACCCUUAAACGUUCCAAAGUAACAACAAAAAAACCCGGAUCCGAACCUCAACCCGGAAUCCCAACCGGAUCACGGGAGAAACAAGAACGCGAACGCAUCUACGCACAAUGCAUCAACGCGCCAACUCCACUUCGCCACCUCAAACCGAAAGAACGCGAACGCGAAGCCGAAAGGGAAAAAUUAGGGUUAAUUAGCAAAGACCGACAGCGUGAAAUCGACAUGACGAAGAAGAAAAACCAGAAAUACAAGGUUUCUGAGAAACCUACGAUAAUUGGAACACCGGGUUUGGAUUACGUGACGUUAGGUUUGGUUGAUGUGGAGAAAUUGCCCAAGUAUGAAUUAACGGCUGAAGAUGGGAGGAGAUUGGCGAAGGAGUAUAGUAGGGUUUUGAUGAGGAAGCAUAGAGCGAGACAAGCUGCGGAAACGACGCUUUUGAGGAUGAAAAAGGAAGCCAUUGAAGCUUUGCCUGAGGGUUUGAAAGAAGCUGCUUCGGUGCCUGAUUUCUCACCUUUUCCUGCGAAUCGUUUUAUGGCUACUCUUACUCCUCCUAUUGAGGGUUAUAUUGAAAAAAUUAGGGAAGCUGCUAAUAGGAUCAGUGGAAAGGAGAAGAUUAGGUAGAUGGGUCAUUAAAGGUCAGUUAUGGUUUUUGUUUGUAUUGAAUUGGAAAGAAAUUGGAAUUUGAACUGGAACAAAUGGAAUUUUAAUUUCAUUGGAUAUGUUUGUUUGUAUCGAAUCAUUUCGAAUAAGAUGGAAUGCAACUGUCUUUAAUUGAUGAAAUUUCAUUGAGAUCUUUGUUUA